GUCAAACUAUACUCUCCGCAGGGGUACAACUGGAAAAUGAAAGUCCCUAUUCUUUUAGCAUUUCUAGCCGUGGCUAGCAUGGCCAACGGGGCUGGCUACGAUGGUCCAACAAACCAGGCAGGGAUUGACGUGAUCAAAUAUUACGAAGGAUGGUUCCCAGACUUCUACUUGGACCCAGUGGGCAUCCGGACCAUCGGGUACGGUCACGCUUGUCACGUCUGGGACUGCACUGUCCCCUGAACGGCCGAUAUUGGGUCCCACUUUCGCUCGCCGAUGGUCAAAGUCUACUCGCGGACGAUCUUGUUUACGGAAAUUAUGAGGGUUGCGUCAGAACCUACAAUGCCUUCGCGGGCCUAAACGCCGACAUGUUUUCUGCCCUUGUCUCCUUCACGUUCAACCUGGGCUGCGGGAACUUUCAAAUUUCCGCCUUGCUGGAAUACUUGAACGCUGGAAAUACUCUCGCGGCAUCUUUGGAACUCAGAAAGUGGAUCAAUGCCGGGGGUCAACCUCUCCUUGGUCUGGCGAGGCGGAGGGAGUCGGAACGCCAAUUAUUUUGCGCGUCGGGUGGCUGUCCAACGUCCUGCAGGGCGAGGGUGGUCAACGCGUUGUCGCUAAACUGCCGAAAAGACCCCAACCUUGGCGCAUUUAUUGUGGCGGUUUAUGACGAAUGGGUAAAUCUUCCCGUUUUCGAGCGUGUCGUUGGCGACGAUGUCUUUGGAAACCCGUACUGGUUUUUGGUUGGGCCUGGCUACGUUUCUGCGGCUUAUAUGGAAGUCACUGAAGGACAUGGGGGAUGGUGUUCAACAACACUUGCCAGUAAUGCCACGUCUAACCAAGUUUAGGCCGCAACUUAAUUCGGAUUAUUAAUUAGAGUCAAGCAAUAAUUUUAUCCUGAACCAAUAUUUUCAGUUUAAUAAGCUUUAAAAUUUAUGACAAAAACUUGAAUUGUCUAAUAAAACAUAAGAAAAAUUA